UAAAUAGCGGAGCGGCGGCCCGUCGGCUUUGUCAGUCCCCUCAGCCUCCGCCGCCGCCGCCCCUCUGCCAGAGCUCCGGCGCCACCUCGGGCCGGCGGUCCUCCGCGGGAGGGAGCGAGGCGGCGGGCGGGCGGCUGACGGGGGCGGCCGGCGGUCCUGCGCGCUCGGCGGCGGCAUCUCCAUGGGGCUGGCCCGCGGCGCCGGUGCGCUCUAAGGGAGACGGCGACUUCUGUGUUCAUCAGAACUUUUCCACUGCUGCACCGAGGGCACGCCCUUCCUCAGGGGGGCUUGGGAUCCCGGAAAAUUGCCUUUGUGAAAAGCUGGCAAUAAUUUCUUUAAAUUCCGUCUCUUAGUUUUCCACUUUGUUACGUUUCAGAGGAACAUCAAGAAACCAUGAACAGCUUUAGUAAUGCAGAGUUUGACUGCCAUUUCCUCGAUGAAGGCUUUACUGCCAAGGACAUUCUGGACCAAAAAAUCAAUGAAGUCUCCUCUUCUGAUGAUAAGGAUGCCUUCUAUGUCGCGGAUCUGGGAGACAUUCUAAAGAAACAUCUGAGAUGGUUAAAAGCUCUUCCUCGGGUCACCCCCUUUUAUGCAGUUAAAUGCAACGAUAGCAGAACCAUAGUGAAGACCCUAGCUGCCAUUGGGACAGGAUUCGACUGUGCCAGCAAGACUGAAAUCCAACUGGUGCAGAGUCUCGGGGUGCCUCCGGAGAGGAUCAUCUAUGCAAAUCCUUGUAAACAAGUGUCUCAGAUUAAGUAUGCUGCCAAUAACGGAGUCCAGAUGAUGACUUUCGACAGUGAAGUGGAGUUGAUGAAAGUUGCCAGAGCUCACCCAAAGGCAAAGUUGGUUUUGCGGAUUGCCACCGAUGAUUCCAAGGCAGUCUGUCGCCUCAGUGUUAAAUUUGGUGCCACACUCAAAACCAGCAGGCUUCUUUUGGAACGGGCGAGGGAGCUAAAUAUUGAUGUCAUCGGAGUCAGCUUCCACGUGGGAAGUGGCUGUACCGAUCCCGAGACCUUCGUGCAGGCCAUCUCCGACGCCCGCUGUGUCUUUGACAUGGGGGCUGAGGUUGGUUUCAACAUGUGUCUGCUCGAUAUCGGUGGCGGCUUUCCUGGGUCUGAGGAUGUAAAGCUUAAAUUUGAAGAGAUCACCAGUGUAAUCAACCCCGCCCUGGACAAGUACUUCCCGGCAGACUCAGGGGUGCGAGUCAUAGCUGAGCCCGGCAGAUACUACGUCGCGUCCGCUUUCACACUUGCAGUUAAUAUCAUUGCGAAAAAGCUCGUCGUAAAGGAACAGACGGGCUCUGAUGAUGAAGAUGAAUCGAGUGAACAAACCUUUAUGUAUUACGUGAAUGACGGAGUGUAUGGAUCAUUCAAUUGUAUCCUUUAUGAUCAUGCACACGUGAAGCCCCUUUUGCAGAAGAGACCCAAACCAGAUGAGAAAUAUUACUCAACCAGCAUAUGGGGACCAACGUGUGACGGCCUUGAUCGCAUCGUCGAGCGCUGUGACUUGCCCGAGAUGCACGUGGGCGAUUGGAUGCUCUUUGAAAACAUGGGUGCUUACACUGUUGCUGCUGCUUCUACUUUCAACGGGUUCCAGAGGCCAACCAUCUACUACGUGAUGUCGGGGCCGACAUGGUUAGUGACCAGAGUCUCCGUGCACGUAUGUGGGUCUCGUAAGAAUAGGUUUCUUCUUGGGUUUUUACUGGUUCUUGUCUGGUUGAGUAAGAAAUCGUUCUGUUUAGAUUUAAAUACAGUGUUUCUAAAAAGUUUAUUUUCUGCCUGUAUUAAGAAUAUGUGCUUUCCAGAGUUUGGAAAAUACAAACGGAAAGAAAAUCCUCCUGAUACCGAUCUGUAUUUCCUUUCAGAUUUUUGCAAAGGUGUAACUAUUUCAAAAAAGAGCAGUUAGGGUAUUUCUGUAUGACUAGAAUAUUUUGACAGGUGUGUACGGCCUGUGGUUUCCCCGUUACCAAAAGAAUGGUUGUGAAGAAAUGCUUGCCUUAGAAACACGUUGAAUUGCCUCCUGAUGACAUAGUAACCGAGGAAGUUAAUGGGCUCGUAAAGAAGUUAUUCUCGUGGCGAGGCUGCCCGGGUCGGUGAUCGGGGUUUCUGACUGUGCCACUUCUG